AUGUCGUCUGAUCCGAAUAGCCCCUUCUGGGGCCCCACAACUGCAAAUUCCAAUUUCUGCGAAGAGGACUAUGCUAUAACACGAUACAUCGCCGAGUUCAUCAACAGCCUCACCAACAUAUCCUAUAUUCUCUUCGCAAUCCACGGUCUCCGUCAACUUAACCGCAAAUCAAACACUGAUGUCUUCCGUGUCAUUCCCUACUAUGGUCUCAUGGCAGUUGGCAUCUGCUCCGCAUCAUUCCACAUCACUAUGAAAUACCAUACGCAAAUGAGUGAAUCCUCACAUCCGGCUGCGAUUCAGGACUCGGUUCGAUUGGCCAUACUUCUUGGAUCUCUUCUCGCAGCUCUAGUGACAUAUCAUGUCGCGACAGAUGAGCUGAUCUUGCACUCCGUGUCUUUCGGCGUCAUGGUGGUAGUGAUCGGGAUUCGCACGAUGCAGCUUGUCAAGAGCCGCACGGAAGCGAACUCAGCAGCACGGAGGAAAGUCUGGGGAAUAGUGCGGUUUGGAGCCGUGAUCUUCAAUCUGGGGUUCUAUAUAUGGCUCAUUGAUAACAAGAUCUGCGGGAUUCUGAAUACCUGGAAAGCCAAGAUCGGUCUUCCUUGGGCUUUCGUGUUGGAGCUGCAUGGAUGGUGGCAUAUAUUCACAGCCAUUGGCGCGUAUAUUUUCAUCGCUAUCGUGGAUCAUCUCGUCUCUGGUGAGGAUCAUGCGGAACUGGACUCGCUGGCAUGGCCGGCUCCGUGGGCUGCUCAGUCGAUUUUCGCGGGACAAAGCUCUGUUGAUGAAGGAGACUCAGAGAAGAAACAGAGAUAA